AUGGUGAGUGUCCAUGUGUUGUGGCAUAGGAAGCAUAAUUCAGAGCCGACUUGUCGUGGGAAGAUGAUUGAAAGGAAUCCUUCAUUCCAGAAGAAGUGGAAACCGCACUGGUUCUAUGCAUUGGGUGCGUGGGAAUUUGCUGAAGGAGAUGAGUCGACACUGCCUAGGAUAGCGAGGCGUUUUAGGAUACUAGGUGUGAUUGACAUUAGAAUUGGAGCAGGCGGAACUCUCAGCAACCAAGUAGAACGAAGUCAACCAGGUGCUUUCCUUGCCUACUACAGAGAGAGCGGCGAACUGAUGAGGCCCAGUCGGAGUGAUGUUGCUAUGCAAGCUCAAUUGAUGAAGCUCGCCAAGAAAGGCCAAUCCAAUGGAUUGGCUAGUGGCUCACAGACAGGUCGGGCGGGCGCCCUUUCUCAGCCACAAUGUUGGUUUUAG